AUGGCGAAUUCAUUAACGUGGUCGUGCAGUUGUUGUUUGAGGUUUAAAUUUAGUCCUGAAGAAAUAGAACAGAGGUACAAGAGCCAGGAAAUAGAUCGGAUGCUGGAGAAAGAUCGACAAACAUUUAGGCGACAGGUUAAAUUGUUAUUGCUUGGUGCUGGUGAAAGUGGAAAAUCGACAUUUCUUAAACAGAUGCGAAUUAUUCAUGGAAUUAAAUUUGAGCCGGAGUUAAUUAAGGAGUACCAGCAUGUUAUCUACCAAAAUAUAAUAAAGGGAAUGAAGGUGCUGGUGGAUGCUCGAGAUAAGCUUAACAUACCCUGGGAAAAUCCUAAAAACUAUGACAUAGGUUAUCAAUUGCUGAAAAUAGAAAACACAAUGAUCCUAGACGCGAGAUUAUUUCUCUAUUAUGUCCCCUCGUUGUACAGCUUGUGGAGAGACGGCUCUAUCAGGAAAGCCUUCGACAGGAGAAGAGAGUUUCAACUGAGCGACUCGGUACAGUAUUUUUUGGAUCAUUUGGACAGAAUUGCACGGGCGGAUUAUGUACCAACGCACCAAGAUAUACUUCACUGUAGAAAAGCAACAAAAGGAAUAUCGGAAUUUGUAAUACCAAUAAAUAAUAUACCGUUUUUAUUUGUGGAUGUCGGUGGUCAAAGAUCACAAAGGCAAAAAUGGUAUCAGUGUUUUGAUUGUGUAACGUCGAUACUUUUUUUAGUCUCAACAUCUGAAUUCGAUCAAGUUUUAUUGGAAGACAGGAGGACAAAUCGGCUUGAAGAAUCAAGGAAUAUAUUCGACACUAUAGUAAACAAUAUGAUAUUUGGUGGAGUAUCCAUAAUAUUGUUUCUCAACAAAACGGAUUUACUCGAAAAAAAAGUCCGUUCACCUGAGACAAAUCUGUGCUGGUAUUUUCCUCAAUUUACAGGCGAUUCACAUUCCAUGAAAGACGUGCAGAAUUUUAUAUUAGAUAUGUUUAUAUCUGUAAAAAGGGACCCACGUAAACCUCUAUUCCAUCACUUUACAACUGCCGUAGAUACGGAAAACAUUAAAGUUGUUUUUAAUGCCGUAAAAGAUACUAUUUUGCAUCGUAAUCUCGAAUCUUUAAUGCUCCAAUGA